CUUGUGGGAACUGUAGGCGACGACUUGUCAGACUGUCUUCCUCUCCUCCCCGGCAGCCAAUGCUCCAGCAUGGAGGUCGCUACAGAAAGAACACAUGGCUUUGAAGGUACCUCGGACGCAGAGGACGACACAUGUUCAGAUGCUGAUUUUGGAACUUCAAAACUCGGAACGAAAGAAUAUUGGGAGGAUACAUACCAAAAAGAGCUGGAGACGUUCAAGGACAUCGGAGAUGUUGGUGAGAUAUGGUUUGGGGAGGAGAGCAUGAGCCGUGUGCUGCGAUGGAUGGACAACGCAAAGAUCCCAGAAAAUGCAGCCAUACUUGACAUUGGCACCGGAAAUGGAGCGUUUUUAGUUGAAUUGGUUAAACACGGAUACAGGAAUCUGACCGGUAUAGAUUAUUCUCCAGCAUCUGUGGAGUUGGCCAGAAACAUUAUCCAGGCGGAGGACAUGAGUGAUGUGACUGUAAAGGAGGUGGAUUUCCUAAGCUGUCAAGGGGAGCUAAAAGGUUUUGAUGUCUGCAUCGAUAAAGGAACAUUUGAUGCAAUAAGCUUAAACCCAGACAACAGCAUAGAGGGUAAAAAACUGUACGUCCAAGCUCUAAAAGAGGCUCUUAAUGACAGAGGAUUCUUCGCUAUCACUUCCUGUAACUGGACAAAAGAGCAGCUUCUAGAGAGAUUCAGUGAAGGAUUUGAGUUUGUACAGGAUUUGCCUACACCCAGUUUCCAGUUUGGAGGCAAGACAGGCAACAGUGUGACGGCACUCAUCUUCAAAAGAGUACGCUGAUUCACAAGCCGCAAGAGGAUAUUUGUCAUCAGUUCUGCUCACAGGAACUUUGUGGACUUUUAUACAAUACAUCCUUAUAUAGCUUUCAUUUGUAAAGACUGUGUCAUGAAGCAGAUGAAACUGAGUGGGAUUUUUUUGCAUGGGAAAAAAAACACAAUCAGUCUUUAGUUGUGAUACUUUCACAUUUCACCUACAUUGUUUGCAUUGUUCCAAAUUAUAAGGCACUACUGAUUAUGUUUAACUUUUUGUAAUAUUUCUACAUAAAAUUAGAAAGAUUAUUUCACUCUUUUUCAGUUUUGUUAACAUUCAUUAAAAUGUUGCUUAAUAUA